AUGAAAAGAUCUCAAGAUAAUAAGAAGGAUGAGAUACGAAAAGACAAAAACAUGAAGUCUCCUUCACUUAAAGAAAAGCUCACACCGGAAGAAGUGUGGAAAAACGCAGCUAUUCUCCUAGGGACAAAAAAAAAAGAAGUAGCGCCAAAAUCAACACAGGGCAUGAAGAGUUUUGACUUUAACGAGGUUUGUACGGAGAUUGAGAAAAUAAACAAAGAAAGAAUCCAGCUCUACGGUAGUGAGCACGAAGAGGGGAUAAAAAGGUUUUAUGAAAUAGAGACUUCAAACUCCCUUGUCCACAUUCCUAAUUUCAAGAGUUUGGAGAGAAAAUAUGUUCCAAGAACUCCUGUGGAGACUCCCAUCUUCUUUCCCAAAACACCGUUGUAUGUGUUUGAGAGCCAGGACAUAUUUAAGAAACUAGAUAUAGACACACUUUUCUUUAUUUUCUACUCACAGCUCGGAACUGUUCAGCAAUACUACGCUGCAGCACAAUUGAAGAUGUAUUCAUGGAGAUUUCAUACAAAAUACUUUACGUGGUUUCAGAGGUUGGACGAGCCCAAGCUAAUAACAGCAGAUUAUGAAAGAGGAGAUUUUCUAUUUUUCGAUUAUGAUGUCACAUGGUCCUUCAUGAAAAAAAGUGACUUUACAUUUGAGUACAAAUAUCUGGAAUGUUCCGAGUGGUAA